AUGUCUGGCGUUCCGAACAAAUUCUACACGGAUGUUCAUGCUGUGCUCAACCGCUGGGAGUUUUUGAUUCUACGUAUUCAAGGGUUGCUAAUAUGGGAACGAGUACUAGCAAGUCUCUUUUUCAACAUCGCGGUGCACUUGGUGUUCUGGGCGAUUGUGCUGGCCAACCAGAGCUGCCUGUUUGUGGUCUGUAUUCUGCUCUCCGUGUACGUGAUAUGCGAUCUGAUGCGGAAUUGGCUUGUAUAUCUGAUCGAUGAUCCGAACCGUUCACCUGACAGUUUCGCGGAGUUUAUCGCCUCUUCUUUGCAAGAGGGACAUAUUUUGUCGGUUGAGGAACUCAGUCUUUGGGUUGCACGCCUACUGUACUAUAUCAUGUCCAUUAUUAAUAGUCUGGCGCCAUGUCGAAGGAAACGACCACUUCUUUUCUUUCUUAUCACAAGCACCUCUAGUCUGAUGAUCAUUUGGAUUAGCAACUAUCUACCUGGUCUGAUAAUUUCCUACGGGCUUUUGAACUUAUGCCUCAUUGCGCCUGUCCUCAUUCAUCACCGGGUGGGCACUCGUCUUUGGACCACGAUCAAACCUAUUCUGGAGUACAUCGAAGCUGAAUUCGACCGGAAUCCUCUCGAGUCUGCUAGCGAACGGGCAGCUGCGGAGGCCGAAUUCUAUGAGCCAAUCAUCGCCGCAGCAGCAGCAGCUAACCCACACCUGUUCUCGGAUGCAAAUACGGAAGGAUUUCUAUCCGAUUCGUUUCUUAAUCCACCACAGCGACAGCGCGAAGGUUCAGAGGAUUUGGAUACAUCCGAAGCUGUUUUUAUUAAACAGUUUGCUGAAUUCGACCGGAAUCCUCUCGAGUCUGCUAGCGAACGGGCAGCUGCGGAGGCCGAAUUCUAUGAGCCAAUCAUCGCCGCAGCAGCAGCAGCUAACCCACACCUGUUCUCGGAUGCAAAUACGGAAGGAUUUCUAUCCGAUUCGUUUCUUAAUCCACCACAGCGACAGCGCGAAGGUUCAGAGGAUUUGGAUACAUCCGAAGCUGUUUUUAUUAAACAGUUUGUACCAAAAAUGAGUGACGAGGACAUUGACAAGUUGUUCGCAGGAAUACUGGAUGGUCAGCAGGUCGAAGGCCCCGACCCACCGGAGUCACCUCCAAUUGGCUCCUUGGGAAAGCAAUCGCGUUUCGCCAGUGCAAUCAUGUCAGACGAGUAUGACACGGAUGAUGACCAGGUGGAAGAGUUAAACAGUGAGAUUGAGGAUGAUCGUGGUGGCAACAAUCAUUCCAAUGUGGAAGAACGUUAUCUCGGUGACUUUGUGUUCGUUCCGAAGAAAACGAACUAAAUUGGUUCGCCUGGCCGCUACGCCCACAUUUGAAGUUGGGAUCCGGUGGACCUCAUUCUUCUCGUAUCGACCCGCCUUUGUAUCUCUAUCUAUCUCUACAUAUUGGGCCAGUUGGACACAUUACCCGUCCUUUAAGAGCCAUAUGAUGCACUAUUUAUGAGUAAUAUAUGCCUCACGACGAUCAGAUCCUAUGCAGAAACUCUUCAUUCUGAUGGCUACUUUUUUACAGUUCAGAAAGUAUGAUCUCAAGAUUGAAAAUAUAAAUCACAUCGUUUGGAUGAUGACUGCCCGCUCGACA